GAACUGGGGGGAAGUCAGUGGGGCUGGAAGGGAGUAUGACAGAGGAAUAGCAGAGAUGUAAGGAGGAAAGACUGUGCAAGGCCUUGUGGGUUUUGAAGGCCUUGUAGUUGGGGUUUGGACUUGAACUCUGAGCCACAUAUGGAGCCAUGGGAGGGUCUAGAGCAGGAGAGGGCUGUGAUCUUGUGGGAUCUUGUGUACGAGGUGGCAUGAGUUGGGGGUGCUGGGCCUGAGACCCGUGGCAGGAAGAGCCCCCCUCCACCCUGCGGGGCCCGUGGGAGGUGAGAUCGCCGCCUGGGAGGUGAGAAGCAGCCACUUUCCCACCCUGGGGUGUGGCUUCCCCUUUGCAGAAUGGGGUCAUUUAUGGAUCACAUGAUGUGUGCCAGGCAUGGCCCCGCCGCGUCUGGGGAAUCUUCAGGGCUCAUCCCAGCGGGCUUGGUCGCGGGAGGCUGUGGAGCUCUGGCACCCAAACCUUAAGGCGCCCCCCCUUCGUGGGCCCCACUGGCUGCGCUGUCCCUGUGUGGGACCUGUCGGAGCAGGCAGGAGUGGUUGUAUUUGGAGCCACAGAGAUUCCCUAAGAGGCUACACGGGGAUGCGACCCGGCCUGGGUGUCCCACGCGGUCCCUCCCCUGGGGGCACCCUUCCGAUCCAUCCCCAACCUCUGGCUCAUGGUCUCUGGGACGCCCUCACCCCACCCGUGACCCGCAAAGCCUGAGGCAGCCAGUGCAAAGGGCACAGUCCUGGUGAAGGUCGUGGCAGCCAGGCCCAGCCCCCCUUCCCGGCUGUGGCCUCUGGUAGGAGGGAGCUUCCCAGCCUGGAGGCUCCUGGGAACUGGGGGUGUGGGCUGCGGGGCCAGCUGGGACUGGCCCGUCGGAGGAGCGGAGGCCUGGGAGAGACGUGGGAGAGGCACAGAGAAAGGCGGAGAAGCGACUGAGAGAGACACACACAGAGACGGGGAGAAACAGAGACGGAGAGACCCUGAGAGAACAGAAGAGAGACACACAGAAAGUGAGGGAGACAGUCAUUCAUUCAUUCACUCAGCGGCUGCUUACUGGGCACAGGCUGUGUCCAGGCAGUGCCCACGACAGAACGCAAAUUCCUACCCCUGUGGGGCUGACUGGUGGGGACACAGUCCAGAAACAUGACAACCGAGUAAAUCACGUUGUCGGAGUGAUAAGGGUGAGAGAGACGGGGUGGGGGAAGCGGGAGAACCAGGGGGACUUACGAGCCAGAUUCUCCUUAUCUGGGGAGGAAAAGGUUCCCACCAGAAUCUUGACCGCGCCUGCCCCUCCCCCAUUCGCCCCAGACGGGGGGUGGGAGCGGGGAAAUGGGGUGGGGCCUGAGCCCGGAGGCCGACGGGACCUAGCUGCUGGGGGGAGGGGAUUGAGGCUACCGCUGCCGAAGACCCCUCCUAACCCGGGUUGCCAGGGUCCCUCCGCCGGUGGGACGUACUUGGGGUGCAGCCCAGGAGGUUCAGUUGGAAGGUAGGUGGAAUACAGGGAGGGACCAGUGCCCAGAGGACAGAGAGGACCCCUUUACUUCGGUGGGCGGGGGGAGAGGCUGAAGAACCCUCCCCUUCUCAUGUCUCCGGGUCCUCCCACCGCGACGGAGCGUCCCUGGGAGAGAAGCCCAGGCCCGGAGGGGGAAGCUGAGGGCUCGCCUGUGCCAGUCGCCACCAGGGCGCGUUCCGGUGCCGCGGCGGGUGGCACAGGCUGGCAGACAAGGGCUGGGAGCCCGGGCCCCAAGGGGAGGGGGCAACUGCUUGCGACCGCCGGCACUCGUCCUUGCGGGCCCGCCCCCUCGCCUGUCAGCUCCAGUCCCGCCCCCCGAACAGAGGCAGCUCACUCGGCUCCAGGCCGCUCGACUGCUGAGCGCACAACACCUGGGCACAGGGUCUUGGGGCGGGCAGCCCAUGGAGCCGGGGCUGCUGCGGCCAGCGCCAGUGAGCGAGGUCAUCGUCCUGCAUUACAACUACACCGGGAAGCUCCGCGGUGCGCGCUACCAGCCCGGCGCGGGGCUGCGCGCCGACGCCGUCGUGUGUCUGGCCGUGUGCGCGCUCAUCGUACUCGAGAACUUGGCCGUGCUGAUCGUGCUCGGACGCCACCCGCGCUUCCAUGCGCCCAUGUUCCUGCUCCUGGGUAGCCUCACGCUGUCCGACCUGUUGGCGGGCGCCGCCUAUGCAGCCAACAUCCUGUUGUCGGGGCCCCUCACGCUGCGCCUGUCUCCCGCGCUCUGGUUCGCUCGUGAGGGUGGCGUCUUCGUGGCGCUCGCCGCGUCCGUGCUGAGCCUCUUGGCCAUCGCUCUCGAGCGCCUCCUCACCAUGGAGCGCCGGGGACCCGGACCCGCUCCCGCAGCUCGUCGGGGGCGCACGCUGGCGCUGGCGGCCGCGGCCUGGGGCGUGUCGCUGCUCCUCGGGCUACUGCCCGCGCUCGGCUGGAAUUGUCUCGGCCAUCUGGACGCCUGCUCCACGGUCCUGCCGCUCUAUGCUAAGGCCUACGUGCUCUUCUGCGUGCUCGCCUUUGUUGGCAUCCUGGCUGCCAUCUGCGCACUCUACGCGCGGAUCUACUGCCAAGUGCGCUCCAAAGCGCGGCGCCUGGGGGCCCACCCCGGGGCUGGCGAGGGCGCCUCGACCCGCGCACGCCACACGCCGCGCUCGUUGGCUCUGUUGCGCACGCUCAGCGUGGUGCUCCUGGCCUUCGUGGCUUGUUGGGGACCACUCUUCCUGCUGCUCUUGCUGGACGUGGCGUGCCCGGCGCGCGCCUGCCCUGUGCUCCUGCAGGCGGACCCCUUCCUGGGCCUGGCCAUGGCCAACUCGCUUCUGAACCCCAUCAUCUACACGUUCACCAACCGCGACAUGCGCCAAGCGCUCCUGCGCCUUCUCUGCUGCGGCCGCCGCUGGUGCAGCCUAGGCCCGGGUGCCUCCCAGCCGUCGGGGAGCCCCCCUGGGGCUUCGGGCGGCCUGCAGCGCUGGCUGCCUCCUGGCCUGGAUGGCAGCUCCAGCCACUCCGAGCGCUCGUCACCCCAGCGGGACAGGCUGGACACCAGCGGCUCGACAGGCAGCCCUGGCGCGCUCACAGCCGCCUGGACCCUGGUACCCCCUCCAGCCGCAGACUGACGCCCUUUGGUCCGCCACUGGCCUCCCUAAGAGCUCUUUCGCAGACUUUCUUGCUAAAUUAAGGAAUUUAUAGUAAAAGCAGCUGAAGAUGGUGGAGGCAGAAAAGACGCAGGGGAAUGUAUUUUAUUGACGCUAAACCCCACAGCAAUGAAGAAAACAGACAAAAAUCCCUUCCCUUGUGGGAUGGAUGUUCUGGUGGCGGACAUAGACAACGGAAUGAAGAGGUAUGGAGAUAAUUCCAGUGACAAUAUAGUGAUGCGAUGGUGGUCAGGGGAUGCCUCUCUGCAGAGGUGGUAACAUGUGACGUGAGAUGGACUGUCCUGGGAACUUCUGAAGGAAGAUCAUUUCAGGGUGGGGCUGCAAAGGCCCUGAGCCUAGAAUAUGCCUGUGUGUUCUCUGAAAAGCACAUAUGUCAAUGUGGCUGGAGCGGAGGAUGGAGAGGGAGAGUGGGAGGAAACAAAGGCAGGGGAAUAAUGGGACAGAUGGGGCAGGCAUUUAGGAGCCCAGGGGAGGACUUUCUUUUGCUCUGAGUGAAGUGGGUUCAUGGAGCGUUCUAGGCAGAGGAGGGACUUAAUCUGGCUCACGUGUUUACAGAUGCCUCUGGUCUCUGUGGAGGGUGAAGCUAGGAGAACAAGGUGAUGGUGACUGCACUGGCCUAGGGGAGUGAUGAUAAGGAAUCAGACUGUGUGGAUUCUCCAUGGAUUUGGGAGGUAUUGGACGGAAUUCCGGAGGAAAUUGGGUGUGGGGGAGAAAGGAGUCAAGGACAGCUCUUCACUCGAGAGGAGAGACCAAAGACAGGGCACCCUAAAAGUUUACUUUAGGAGACUCAGCCAAUUCCUAUCUGAAACAAGAUUUCUUUGAAUGUGGUGUCAGAUUCUUCAUAAAGAAUAAAAAUACAAUCGAAUAAUAAAA